UUCACAACUUCCCAGAGAGUCGCCUAGUGCGGAGAGACGGAAUAUUUUUGGAAUAUUUCGAUAUUUGAUUACAUCCCUGUUGUUAGCGAUUUCUACCAAAAUGGGAUUAUUACUGCACUUGUUGUUGUGCACAUUCGUCAUCCUUACCCUCGGAGGAGAACGUGGUGUAACUGCAUUAUCGACAGUUCGACAUCCUCCUCAUAUUCUCGAGACCGAGAAGCAAUCUCUUUUUGCGUUGACGAUCGAUUCAACACAUCAGUUCAAGUGUAUAGCUGAUGGCGUCCCCACACCAUCCGUGGAGUGGAUACAAACGAAAUCAUUGGCACCAGAUCCGAGUCGGAAAACGGCGCUUGCGGCUAACGGCUUCCUCCCACCAAAUGAAUUCACAGUAAACAUGCAAGGAUAUUACCAGUGCGUUGCAAAAAAUAUGUAUGGAACAGCGGUGACCAAUCAUAUUAAGCUAGUGAUAGCACAGGAUGCAGUAUUUGAUAUAAACGCAGACCCUGUUCUAGAUCAGGGAAUAAAGGGUGAGCCCAAGAUGAUCAAAUGUCUUACGACCAGGCCAAGUUUGCCAAAAGCCACGUUUCAAUGGCGGGUCCAUGAAGACCCAAAGAGUGAUGUGCCAGUGAGCCAAUUGACAAGUGGCUGGAGGAUGAGUAUAGACAACAAAGGAUCGCUGUACUUUGCGUACUUGGAGAUGGAUGAUAAUAGGGUGAUAAACGGUAUUCAGUGGACCUACAUGUGUUAUGCGUUAAACCCGAUUGUCCAGUCAAACAAGUAUGGCAGCCCAACCAGACUCAAUGUUCAAGAUGGGACAGUGACCCCUAAAAAACCCAGUAUACCUUCGACUCUGAGUGCAAAUAAUGUAAUCCACAUCCUCGAAAAUGAAGAUCUUGAUCUUUUCUGCUUCUUCAAUGGAUAUCCAAAAAUCACAUACACGUGGACAAAGACCUCGAUGCCAGCGUACGUGCCGAAGGAUGACGGCACUCACAUCGUCAUCGAUGGUGCAAAGGAUACUGAGCUAUACAAUGGCGAAUACGUAUGCAAUGGGAAGAACACUCAGGGCCAGGAGUCCAUUAUUUAUAAGGUCAUAGUUGAUGUGCCGCCCUAUUUUGAUAAUAAUCCAAAUGCUGUCAAGGACACUAAUGCAACAGAUGGCAGUACAAUAGAUUUCAAGUGUAUCGCCCUUGGCAAACCCACACCAACGAUUGAGUGGCGAAAAAACAAUAUACCGGUCACAGCCGAGAACAAAGGACCGCGGGUGAGCUUCACCGUGAAUGGAAACGAGGGCACAUACAAGAUCGAGAAAGUGCAGAAAGGCAAUGACAUAACAGCAUCGGACUUGAGUGUCAUCACGUGCUACGCUAAGAGCCCAAUCGGAGAGAGUUUCGGAAGUGGCUAUAUUAACGUGUUCAAUUCCUUCGUGAUCAGCACGCCCCCGCGUGGUGUCCAGCUCGUCAACCGCGACAUGGUCAUCAAUUUGGACUGCGGCGUUACUGGCGACCCCAACAAACCGGUCCACGUUGACUGGUACCAUGACAACAUCAAGCUCAUCAUGAAUAAGGGCAAAAUCGAGAAACUCCCAAACAACACGUUGAGAAUUUACGUGAAAGAGUAUGGUAAGAGUGAUGAGGCGCUUGGGAAUUACUCCUGUUACGCAACUACAGAAAAGCCAUUUCAGCGAAUUAUAAGGACAGCGGAAGUUUACACAAAUGGCACAGUCAUUCAAGUAACAACUGCCGGAGGAGGGGGCCUGUGGUGGAUUGCAAUCAUUGUUGCAAUUAUUCUGAUCAUCAUCAUCCUUCUGCUCAUCUUCUGCUGUAUCAAGAGGAACAAGGGAGAGUCGUACCCAGUUGAUGAGAAUGAGCGUAAAACUGGAAAUGUUCCGGAGAAUGAUCUCCACAAGCCUGAGCACGGUGGAUUCAACGACUACCAGAGGAACGAGAAAGAUCCCAUCGGUGGAAGUCGUGCCUCAAUUAGUGGCAGCAUCAAAGCGCUGGACAGCGACGACGACGACGGCGACUCAAUGGCCGAAUACGGUGAAGUCGACAACGGCCAAUUCAACGAGGAUGGCUCAUUCAUCGGUCAGUACGUUCCUGAUAAGAACAAGAACACACGACAUGACGCAGCACCGCCUCCAUACUCUAAAAGCGGUUCAGACACGAUGGUGUGAGGCCAAUCUCCUGCUGAUUUUUAAGCGGUAUUUCCAAAACCAAAUGACUUUCCUAUCAAAAUUUUAUAUGCGCUUAUGUUGGUAGGUUUUAUACGAAGUUGUGGUGUCUAAUAUGAUCAUUUUGUUUCAAAAUGCUAUAAAGUGUCCAUUGGAAUAUCAUUCUCUCAUUGAGGUUGGAGUUCGAAUUUGCUGGGCUUUGCCUGGCUAAGCGAGAUAAAGGCCUAGUAUUGAAAGCAACUUGGAGAGGGAACCCAAUGAUGUCAGGAUCGUGGUCAGCGGCAAAGCUUGUCAAGUUUGUGUUUUCGAAAUUCUGUUUACCUGCGAGACGCUAUAGCAAGAUGAGUGUUAUCCUGAACUUGGAGAAGUCACAGCUGCUGAUGGAAGCCGAUUUCGUAUGAUGCCAACUUCCCGCUUCAAUCAUCAACUGACCUCUACUGCCACCUUUUGGUAAUAAAGUUCCACAUCGCAUAAUUCUUCCAUAACUACAGAAAUUUAUGGCAUUUUAAAACUAAAUUAUCAGCAGAGAGGUUCAGAAUGAAAAUAGGGGGUUAAAGUGAGGUGGAAUCUCCUUUGUCCAUGCAGUCCAAGGGUGAGAAAUAAGUCCAUAUUUUGGGAAGACAAUGCACUUUACCUUGUUGUCUGCCAAAACGUGUAUAGCUAUAGUCCAUUUCAGGAAAUCAGGGGUUGUUCUCUUCUCCGACCCUGCACACUAACCCCUGUGACAUUUGCCCUCAUUUGGGGUAGUACAGAUGUUCACCUUUAAGUCAGCAUGGCGAUUUAACUGUCAACCUCGGUUCUAGUAUCGUAAGUUCUAACAAUUUGUAUGUCUCUACAUUGGCUUCCUGUGCAACAGCGCAUCAAGUACAAGGUUCUCCUUCUUACUUACAAGUGUCUUCACCAACUUGCUCCCCAAUACCUUUCAGAACUUCUCACCGUUCAUACCGUUUCUCGAACUCUGCGCUCUUCAUCGGCCGUUCUUCUGUCUAUCCCAAAGGCCAAUGUCAAGUCAGUCGGUGGUAGAGCAUUUUCAAUUGGAGCCCCUCAGCUGUGGAACAAACUUCCUUCAACUGUUAGGAACUGCAGCUCUCUGUUAUCUUUCAAGGGACAACUGAAACAUUUGCUUUUUAAAGAGGCCUAUCAAGCGCUUUGAGCGGCCAGUUAAUGGUUGGAUACUGCGCUAUAUAAGACUCGUAUUAUUAUUAUUAUGAAUGGAAAUCGCACUCAGAAUCGAGGUUGACGUGUGCACCUCGAAGGAGACACAGGCCUCUCCAUUUGUCAGCCUGAUCAAACAAACAGUGAAAUCAAAGCUGUAUUGGGUGAUAUGAAUAAAGACUAGCAAAUGCUUUUAUCUAAAACUCCAUGUACAUUUACACUACACCUUUCUGUACAAAAUUGAAGUAAAAGCAUCUGCUAGACUUUAUUCAUAUCAGCCAUUGAAAUGAAAGUGUUUUAGAAUAUGUGCUGGAACGACGACAUGGCACAGGAUUGUUCGUGGACAUUCAAAUAAAAUAGAUUUUGGAAACAUUGAUAUGCAAUAACAAUGAUAUUAUAAUAAGGAGGUAGCAAUACUCAGAAUGAUAUGUAAAUGUUAAUGAUAUGAGUGUUUCAGUGUGCAUAAUACUGUAAACAAUUUUACUGAUUAUAUCUAUCUAUUUUCUUUUUUGUCAAUUCUUCCAUUUUUGCAUAAAUAUUUGCAUGGAUAAUGUUAAUUUUUGACAAUAUUUUAUGCAUUUGUUUCGUAUAGAAUGUCCUUGUCAAUCGUCACGGUAUAUGCGUCCAUUUUUUCAAUUUUCUUGUUUUGUACCGAAACGCUAUAUUACAGUCCCGGUACAGUAGAACCUCUCUAUUGUGGACACCAUCGGGACUGACAAAUGUAGUCCUUAAUGGAGAGGUAUCCUGAUUAGAGAGGUCAAAUUCAAAGGAAACAUCCAAUUUGGGACCAAAACUAGUGUCUUUAAUAGAGAGGUUGUCCUUAGUAGAGGGGUGUCUGCUAAGGGAGGUUUCACUGUACUUUAAGAUUGAGGGUAGGGGUCCAAGUGUUUGGGCAAUAAAUAUUCAUCAGUAACUGUGGCAAUGUUAAACUUUAUUUUAAUCAACGGAAUCUCGUUUGUAGAAUUCUAUGCACUGCAUUUUUUAUGGACUACUCCAGCUUCAUAGAUAUUUGAAUAUUUAGCAUAAUUGCACUUCCCAUUCCAAUGAACUUUAAACCGCCUCCCUUUAAAUCUACCAGAGAAGCUAAUGCAGCGUUUUUCUGAUACACCCUGUAGGAAUGAUAUUUAAAUAAUUAUAGCCAUAAUAGUAUUGAGAGUACAUGUACAUGUAUAUGUAAAUAAAGUUAUUUUUCAGUAUGAUGAUUUGAGAUUAGAAGAUCUUUCAUAACUCAUUUUAUACUAGGUAUUUAGGUAGGCCUAUCAGCUUCUGGAGGGGACGGGUUUCGGGGUAGACUCACUCUCAGUUGCCAGUUGCAAAAGUCAAAGGGGUUUCGAGUUGUUCUUUAAAGGGAGACCAUAGGCACCUGCAAGGUGGGCCAGAUUGCACAGAGUUACUGCCCAGUGUCUAUCCUAUCACACAGCUCUAAACACGACAGGGAGAUUGCACAAAAGUGCAAGAAAAAUGUUUAUCUCUAAGUGGAAACAAACGCGAGGUCAAUGAAUGUGCGUGUUAAAGGACCUAGAGAUAUUGUGGACCCUUGAUCUCGUGUCUAUAGUCCCCCUAAGAAUUACCAGAUCUACUGUUAACCCAGAAAUAAACGUGUCCAAUUAAUUUCGAGGUUUUGUAAAAUUUGACAACCUGCGCAUCCGUGAUUUCAAUUACAUUUUCCUUUUCGUGGCCAUUUUUUUCGUGAUUGCAUUACGUGAAAAUAAACGGCACAUGCGUACUUCCGGGUUCACAGUAUACAGAGAAACGUACAGAAAUCUAAGAAUGAAACUGCUUUCAAUUUUGCAUGCCUUAUGUUAUUAUCUUAUAGCCAAUUGUAAAUAGUUUUGAAAAUGCUUGUCAAAUGAAAUUUGUUAGAGAGUGCAUCAAUGCUGUUUGUUAUAUGUAUAAUGCUUGCCAUUUUGAUGUUAAUCUUUACGUGCCAUAAUAUGUUUGUCUUUCUGCUUUGAAUUGUUUAGUAACGGUGUCUUAGUACAUAUUAUUACAGUAGAACCUCUCUAUGAAGAAUACCCUCAGGACUGAACAGUGUUGUCUUUAAAAGAGAGGUGUCCUGAUAAGGGAGGUCAAAUUGAAUUGAAAGUACCAAUUUGGGACCAAACUUAGGAUAGAGAGGUUGUCCCUUAUAGAGAGGUUGUCCCUUAUAGAGAGACGUCUGCUGAGGGAGCAACGUAGGUUAUAUGCACAUUGCGCAUAACUUGCAAGAUUUAUGGGAUGUCAGUUGUGAAAAAAACUAUUCCAUCCGAGAUUUCAUCAGUAUUGUUUAGACUUAGAGAUCGGACAGUCUGUGCCUGAAUUAAAGUAUCCGGCCAACCAUGAAAUGCCUGUGUCAAUUGACCAGUAUUCUCUACGUUCUUGAUAAAAAUUGGUGAGAAAUGUUGACCAUAGUCACUACCGUUUUGACUAGAACUCGAAAUCCGAAAGCAAUGAGAACUCUUACUAGCCAAAAUGGUGGUAUGUAUGGUCAAACCUUAACCCCAAGAUGUCCAGUUAGGAGAUGAUGAAAGACUUUAUGGUGGGUCGAGUAUAUACGGCUUCCGGGCUGAAAGAGUUAAACUUCAAACAAAUGUGAAUAAAGACAUAUGCAUAUUUGAUAUUUGUAACUUAAAGGGACACUGUAUACAAUUUCCACAGCAGUGAGGAGUGAAAUGCAUAAUUAGUGAUGUGUCCAGCUAUAUAGAUGGCACCAGUUUAUAGAAUUUAUAUUUGUCUUUAUGUCACGACUUUAUAUUUACCCGAGAGCAUAUCCAACAUUUUGUAUGACGAUAUACCUGUUCAUGACUUGUGUUUGAUGGAAUUGGGUCAUUUCCUUGUCUAAAGUUCACUGAAGCAUAUUAUCUGAGACAUGUUUGAUAUAACGUUUUUUGAGUUUUUUGAAAAAUCUUAAUUGGUUUUUCAGCAAAUCCAAAUGUGGACCCCUUAGGCCGGAGCUAUAUAGGGUUUACGUUAUCACUUGUCAUGUUUCACGUGUCACGAGUUAACGGGGUCAAAGGUCACAUCGAGAAUCGUAUGUAGGCCGUUCUUCGGAAAUGACUUCUUUGUUCUUCAUGUCACACAUGAAAAGUGAACAGUGACACGUCACAUUUGAAAACGUGACCCAUAUAAUCGCAGCCUUUCAGGUUCUUUAGCAAAAAGAAAUGCAAUCGGUCUUCAUGUUGUCCUGAUUCCGUGGCUGUUCUGGCUCCAGGAGGCUGGCUCAUUCACACAGCGCUUUGACCCUUUCCCUUAGGCAGCCAUUUUCGUCCAGCGCCAUCUGGUGCUAAGAGCACAUUCUUCCAAUUCGUGUGAUUGUAAUCCUAAAUCGAAUGAAUCCAUCACGGAGCAUUGCCAACAGAUACUGGUCAUGAAUGGGUUAAUGUCCAGGUUAACAAUAGUGCCCUACGUGUAUAUAAUGUGAUAUAUUUAUUACAAGAUGUCGGCGCCGUACACGUCGCUAGGCGUUAACCGGAUGCGCCGUAAUUUUAAUGAUUGUUCAUUUCAUGUCUCCUGUAUUAGUACAUUAGAUCUGUAAAUAAGCAUUUGUAUAUUUGGUAUAAAUUGGAAAAUAUCUGGUAGAUUUUAUAUUAUUUCUCUCACAAUUGAAACAUUCAGAUUGUACAUUUCGUUAACCCCUUCCUAGCAAUUUAAAAUCCCCUCAAAAUUCACCGUGUAUUCUCAAGGUGUUGAGAGCCAUCACAGUAAAAAAAUAAAAUUCAUCCUGGUUCGGGCGCAUCAUAGAUCCUCGAGAAAAUGACUACAGCCAAAUCAACGUCAAACUAAUCACUCUCUGUACAACAGAUUGUAGAGGAGCCUUUAUCAUACUUAAAGGGGUACGCAAUUCGUAAUUAAUUUUAGUCCAGUGAAAUAGAAAUCCACUAAUACACAAGGCCGUAGUGCAGUUAUUAUGAAUACAAAUUUGUUUAAACUUGGUAUUCAUAGUAUUUGUAUAUCAGUCUACACAACGGCAAUGUUGAUAUUCAUAUUUAGUAUGUAUCUUUGCAAUUGGACAUUUUUAAAUUCAAUUACAAAUUCAACAUUUUUAACGAAUGGCGUAGGUCUUUAAAGCUGGCUAAUGAACGUUUUUGUAAGCCCAGUUGGGAUCAAGUCCGCUCGGUCUAUACCAGAUGCGGGCCAGGGUUAUGGUACAUAUUCUAAAAGGCCUUAGUCACAGUAUAUCAUUGUUUCUAAUACAAAAUACAUUACGCCUCGUUUUGAUCGGAGCGGUCUUGGUAUCGUAACCAAUGACCGCCUGGGUAGGUAUAAAAUUCUGAAUUUUAGCAGACGAAUUAUUUUCACCAAGAAGCAACGACUCAGCCCCACAAAACAAUGUCAAGAACACGAGAUUUUGAAGUAUUCCCCGAUAUAUUGGGAUUUGUGAAGUAGGGAGGAUACCCGAGGACUCUUUCGAGGUCGUCAGUCAGGAUUCAGAAGAGGUCAAAGACGAGGAAAUGGUAGAAAUCGAGCUAGCAGACUGGGAAUUCCCUUGCUGCGUGACGUCAUCUUCACAAGCAACAAUAUGGCGGAGUUCCGGACACCAGGCUGGAUCAUUCUUUGACGAAAACGGAACAUAUAUACCUUUCAAAUCGUAUUUAAUUUGUUUAAUUUUGAAACCUUUUAGAAUAGAAAUUAAUACCUCGCUGUCGGUCAUUGGUUGUAUAAUCAAGACCGCUCGGGUAGACCUCAAAUUACGUCCAAAACCCUCGGCGAAGCGCCUCGGGUUUUGGACUGCAUUUUCGGUCUACCCGAGCGGUCUUGAUUAUACAACCAAUGACCGCCAGCUCGGUAUUAAUUCCUUAAGCCAAAACCCUGGGGUAGCGAAAGGUUUAAAUAAAUCAUAAUACAUUUAGUAUAAAAACAACAAAUGGGUUUUUUAGUUGCUCUCUUGGGGUAAAUCUGUCCUUCCAUCCAUUAUAGAUAUAGCAUAAUCUUUUGAAAGAUACUGACAUGAUUUUAUGUAUUUUGUAGAAAAUGAAUAAAUUCUGUCCAACAUUUCUAUUAA